AUGACGAUAGCGCCGACCAUUAUGUCGUUUCCAGUGACUGCGCAAACUGCUUAUUCUACAGUAUCUGCUCGUCGAUCUUUUGCCCAGCCACCGGUAUCAGGCACUAUGCUGCAACCACCGCCCCCCUCCACCGAGAAAACUAAAGUAGCCUGGCCCGAUACUGUCCGCUCAUAUGUGCAAAGAGCAUUUGCAAUAGAAAACACCAUGCCAGAUGUUGCAAGGCAAGAGAUGGAAGUGAGAUUGAAAUCUUUGAUUGCAGAAUCGGUUCAAGCGGGAACGUUGUAUUCAAUUGACUGGGCAAGCAAACCUCUUCCUCAACAGAUCAUAAUGAAAGAACGCCAAGAUGCUGCAGUAGCAUCCGUGAACCCUCCAUGGGGGAAUGGCAUUACUCCCCUCUCUCUUCAAGAAACUAACAACAAAGCCUCUGCCACUACAUCGAAGAAACGGAAAUCUUCGGAAAUUGAUAGUGUUCAGGAUUUACACAGUCAUGUCCCUCCUUGGCGUGCAGGAGCUCCUCGGAACGUGUUUGAGGACCGAAUUUCCUACGCUGACAAACGACAUCGUGCGGAAGAGAAACCGAAAGGAUUAAGUAAGUCUCAGAGACGGAAACAGCGAUUUGAAAAUGCUCAAGGCGGAAACUUGUCUCAACAGCCCUUUUUUCCCAGUGGCGUCUCCUCUCCAGCACCAGAGCAGGAUCAAGGACCAGUCAUUGGCCGAUGUCAGGAUCUGGAGAAGAAGUACUUUCGUCUAACCUCCGCGCCCAAUCCGGACACUGUUCGGCCGCUUCCAAUUCUGGGAAAAACGCUAGAAUUUCUGAAAAAGAAGUGGAAAAAGGAGAAUAACUAUUCGUAUAUCUGUGAUCAGCUCAAAUCUCUCCGGCAGGAUCUUACAGUCCAGCAUAUCAAGACGGCUUUCACCGUUAGCGUUUACGAGUUGCAUGCGCGAAUCGCUUUAGAGAAAGGCGAUUUAGGUGAGUAUAAUCAAUGCCAAACACAGCUACGGGCGUUGUAUUCGCAACAACUAGGUGGCCACCCCGAGGAAUUCAAGGCAUACCGUAUCCUCUAUUUCAUUCAUACUUGCAAUCGGACCGAUAUGAACGACGUUUUGGCAGAUCUAACAUCAGCAGAAAAACAACACUCAGCCGUAAAACAUGCUCUUGAGACAAGGUCUGCGCUUGCUUUAGGGAACUAUCAUAGAUUCUUCCAGCUCUACCUCGAGACGCCCAACAUGGGAGCAUAUCUGAUGGAUAUGUUUGUUGGCCGGGAGCGUCUUGUAGCUUUGUCGAAUACGUGCAUAGCAUACAAACCUGACGUCAAAUUACGCUUUGUCACCGAAGAGCUCGGUUUCGAGUCGGACGACGAAAGUGCCAGGUUCGUCUGUGACCAUGGCGGCCAGGGCUUCCUCGAUGGAAAAGAAGACGGCGAAGUGAGGCUUCUCACCAGUAAAGCGCUUCGUUUCUUCGAGGCAGCCAAAACAGCCGCGUUCAAGACUGUCGACAUCAAAGGUCAAAUUUGA